ACUUUAGCAAAUUUCAGUAAAAAAAAAAAAAAAAAAAAAGAGAAAAUUAUAUUUUGAGGAAAAACCUAAUGAUGCAGGCGGAUGAAAGCUGUGAGCUUUACAGAUUCCUAGCCCAGAACAAAGGGUUCAGGGUGAGGGGCGCCUCCGGAUCCUGCAGCUUUCCGGCGCCCCAAAGCUUGUCCACCUCAUCCUCUUAUUUCCCUUUGAAUGAGUCGGCGGCGGCAGCCACCGAGACAACGCUUCCGUCGCCCCAUGACAGAGCCCUGGCGGCGUUGAAGAAUCACAAGGAAGCUGAGAAGCGUAGAAGAGAGAGAAUCAACUCUCAUCUUGAUAAGCUUCGGACUCUUCUUCCAUGUAAUUCCAAGACCGACAAGGCAUCGCUUUUGGCAAAAGUGGUUGAGCGAGUGAAAGAGCUGAAGCAUCAGACCGCAGACAUUGCGGAGCUGGAAACCUUCCCUUCCGAGAGCGACGAGAUCAGCGUGCUCUCCGGCGAGGAAUCGGACGACGGACGGCUCCUCUUCAAGGCCUCUCUUUGCUGCGAGGACAGGUCGGACCUCAUCCCGGAGCUGAACGACAUCCUGAAUUCGCUACAGCUGAAGACUGUGAGGGCCGACAUCGUCACUGUGGGCGGCAGAAUUCGCAAUGUUCUUCUUAUCGCCGCCAACCACCACCACAGCCUUGAGUCCCUCCACUUCCUUCAAAACGCAUUGAAAUCUCUUCUUGAGCGGUCCAAUUGCAGCGAUAGAUCCAAGAGGAGGCGUCUUGUAAUUGCCCACAAAUGAAUAAUCCUUUUUUUUUCUUUUUUCUUUUUUGUUUUUGAUUGUUUUGGGUUUGGUUUUAUGGCUUUCUAAUCAUCCUCUCCUCUAAUUCUUCUGUUUGUUUGUGUGUAUGUUUGAGUUUUUUUUUUUUUUCUUUUUUUGUUAAGAAUACCUCCACUAUAUUUAAAGGGAAUAUUUUGUUUAGUUUGGGAGGGAAGAAUGAAAAAAAGGGAAUAUUUUGUUGAAGCAUAUGGUACUUUGAUGAGGGCAGGGAGUGAGAGAGAGAGUGCAGAGAAGGGUUUUGUUUGCGUAUUGAGAGAUG